AUGGCAUCUGCAAGCAGAUCAACGUUAAUGUCUGGUAUGCGAACAACCGCAUCUCAAACCACCAUAAUUUCAAUAACCCUAGCCCCAAAACAUGUACCUAUUUCUCCAUUUUUGUCAUCUACAAGAACACUCCCUCGUGCAGCUUCAAGGAUUGUUGGGGCAUUGGGAAUGGUUGAAUCCAUGAUGCCUCUUCACAGUGCAAUUGCAUCUGCUCGUCUCAGAUCGAGCCUAGCAGUUGAUUCCGCAUGUUGGCCGACAUUGGUGGAUGAAGGCGACGAGUGGUGGAGGAUCGUCGGUGAUGACGGUAAUUAUGGUUGUGUUGUGCCCUUCAACAUCGGUAGCAAUGGUUAG